GGCCGCCGGAGGGACCACCUGAGAGACGGGCGUGGACGCGGAGGGGUCCCCGGGGAUUGGGCAGACGGGACGUGGAGGGGCGGGCGGGGUCUCAGAGGGGUCGGAGCCGGUUGCGGGGUCGAACCUGCGGCGGGUUGGGACCCGGAUACCCGACACUGUCAGUGGAGCAGGUGGGAAGAGGAAGGGAGGCCAUCUUCUGGGUACGUGGUACUGUCUGUGCGUCCCCGUGAGAUGUGUCUCCCGUAUCACGUCCUCUUUACAGCAGGAGAAACGGAGGCUCACAGCUGCUGGCAGGGGCACGACUGGAAGCCAGUUUAACCUAAACGCUGGGGUGCUGCAUCACAGACCUCUUAACGGAUGGUUUCCGAGACCUAGGCUGUCCCAGGCCCUGCCCUAGGCCUCGGGGAGGCUCGCCCCAGAGCCCCUGAGCUUUGGUUAUUCAUUGCAGAAUUGCCUGGCAAAGGUGUUACUAAGGCCGUUGGCGCCCCAGGGUCUGUUAAAGCCCGGUUCGACAACCGUGAAUAAAUCCCCUCCUCCCUGACUGUCCGGGUAGCACGGAAACAGCACAGUAAACAGGUGCCCACAGUUCAGUGGGAUGGUGACAAAGGCCUUCGGAGAUGCCAGGAGUGACCUCAGGGCUAGAGAUAGAAGGAACGAGACCCAGGCUGACCUGUUGGGCAGUUACGGAACAGGGUUCAUGCAUUUCUCACAUUAAUAUAUGUCGCCUUUUAUUGUUCUAAUUAUUUCCCAUGUUUUGGUAACUUCCCAAGGGCAAGAACCUGCCCUUUUAUUCUCUCCCUCCCCUUGCAAUUAGCCCACUGCUUUCUAAAUGGGAGUCACUGGGAUGUUUGUGAUUUAUUGACUGUGGAGCAAGGGCCCCAAUGCCUCCAUCUCUUGUGUCCCACACAGCACUGUGCACAGUGUUGGGGAUAUUAUUGGAUGUCUGGGUUGUUGGUGAAAGUGAUAAAUAUAGUAGCCUUUUAAUAGUUGUGUCGAUGUAAUGGUUUCUGUUUGAAAAAACAAGCAGUGAGCGUGCUCUGGGUUCCUCAACGGGGGAGGGUCCUAAAGGAGGGACGUCUGUCUGUGACCGAGCACUCAGAAUACUUUCUGGGGGAGGUGGCGUCUCAGCUAGGCCUGAAGGGACAGGAAGCGGAGAACCUGGGAGGGGAGGGGAGGAGAGGAGGUACAAAGGCCUGAAAAAGACAGGGGGACAGGCGUGUGGGGCUAGGGGCCGACAUGGUUGGGCCACUUUUUGAAUUCGAUGUGAGAGUGACAGGAGAUGAGGCUGAAGUGGCCGGCAGAGCUCUGCAACUCAUUCCACACCCUGUGCCAGGGAUCCUCGGGGCACUGGAACAGCGUGGAGGGGAGACUUCCUGGAGGUGGUGCCGAAGCUGGGCCUUGGAGAGUGAGGGUUUGCCUGAGGGACAGGGAGUAGAACAGACUUUCCAGCAGAGACCAGCAAAUGCAGAGCUCCCGGCAGGAAAGAACAAGCCAAGUGCUGGAAACUGCCCGCAUGGCCCUACCCAGGCCCACAGUAGCGUAGUCUUGGCCUGCGUCCGUGAAAAUGCGUGUACGCGCGAAUCUGCAUUCUUGAUUUCUGCAGUGGUUCAGAAGCACAGCUAGGGUCAAGAGGCACCAGCAGUGUUUGCAGGAAGUCCAGGAGGCUCUGGGGCCUGGCUGUGAAGGGCCUGGUAUGGCUGCUGUUCCAGGGGAACCUGUGUCUAGCCUGUAGGCAUAAGCAGCGGAAACCUUUGGCUCUGGCCCUGAACACCUUAAAACUACACGUAGGGGUUUAACAAAUGGCUAUAAAAUGGGCAAGGGCUGUAAGGCAUACAUCAGUAACAAGGUUGGAAACCACCUGUUGCCCAUCAGUCUUGAGUAAAAUUUGACCUGCCCCCAUCGUGGAAAACUGUGCAACUGCAGAAAAGGGUGAGGGUGCUUUUGUAUACCAUAUGGACCAGUCUGCAGGAUACUAAGUAAAUAGCAGAGUUGAAAGCAGUAUGUGUAGCUGCGUGUAUAUAGCACACCCUCUUAGGGAAAGAGGAUGAGGGCAAGAAUGGAGUGUCUCCAGGGAGAAGUCUGAGAUGCCUGGGGAAGAAUUCACUAGAACAAAUAGGUGCACUGAUUGCCUUGGGGGAAGGGACCUGGUACUCAGCAGACCGUGAGGAGAGAGGCUCUUCAUCAUAGAUGCCUUUGUAUGUUUUAAAGCUCCAUUUACAAAAGAAUUAAGCUUUUACAAUGUAAUUUAUUCACAAGACUCAAAGCCACACAAUUCCUAAAUGUUUAUGGCUAGAAGCCAGCUGCCAGCCACAUCCCACCCCCCAGGGUGGUGGCUCCCAGCUCUCUGGGCAGCUCCCUUGUGUCACUUUUGAGCAGCCUCCACUCCAGCAGGGGAGACUGAGGACUUGAGAGGUUGAACCUGCCCCUGUUUCCUGCCUGGGUGAUGAGAGGUGCCCCGUCACACCAAAGUGAUUUGAAACAGACUUCUGUAUGAGUGCAGGGAUAUCCUUUCGGACAAAGAAAAACAAAAAUUCAGUGACUAUUUUAAAGUUGUUUAUAUGAAUGUGCUGAUUUUAUUUUUUCCUGCUUAACUGGAAACUGCUUUUCAUGGUUCUCCGUUCCAGGAGGGGCACGUGGUUGGUGCGGAUUUUCUUAGGACUUUCCCAGUCACGUCAUUAAGGAAUAUUUGUUGCCUAAAAAUCCAUUACCAAAGUGAGGUCUAGAAUAAAGAUUCCCGCAAUAAAGGGGGUUGUAGUUGGUAAUCCAGAAUAGUAGCUGGGCUACGAGUCACUUAGGUCUAAGAGAAGCGAACAGGACUUACAGGAGUGAAGUAACCACAGCUGUCUCAAGAGCGAUAGACUGAGAUCACAGAGACUUAACUGAGCAGAACUGGUAUCUCCGCGUGAGGGGUUAGGAAUGCUUGGGUCCAUGGCUUGGCUUGCGUUUGUUCUCCCGCCGCUACAGGUUCAUAGAACUAGCUUAAUUAAACCCUUGGUUUACGUUGAAUUUACACUGUGUUUGGACUGUGGCAGUUUAUUGAGGUGUAAAAACUUAUCACUGACCCUAGUUUUUCGACGUAGGGAUCAGAAGCCCUAGGUUCUGUCUGGCGGGGCAGAGCUGGGGGUGCAGCGGGAGCGGGCGAGCGCUGGGCCCUGGGACUGCUGCGCUGUGGGCUUCCUGUCUGUGCGUUUAUCGGUCACACCCUUUACUGCCAUAGGUGUUUCCAAACAGGACAUUCGUGAGCAGAUUUGGGACUACAUGGAGGCGCAAAAUUUAGCUGAUUUUCCCCGGCCUGUUCAUCACAGGAUUCCCAACUUCAAGGGUGCUUCUCGGGCCGCUGAGCAUUUCCCACGUUUGCAGGCGUUCAAAAUGGCCAGAACCAUUAAAGUCAACCCUGACGCACCCCAGAAAAAUGCCCGCUUCUUCGUCCUCAACAGCAAAAAAACAUUGUUGGUUCCAACACCACGACUGAGAACGGGGUUGUUUAAUAAGAUCACACCACCCCCCGGGGCAACUAAAGACAUCUUGAGAAAAUGUGCCACCUCUCAGGGCGUGAGGAACUACAGCACUCCCGUGGGCUUGGAUUCCAGGGUCCUUGUGGACUUAGUGGUGGUGGGGUCCGUGGCUGUUUCUGAAAAAGGCUGGAGAAUUGGGAAGGGAGAAGGCUAUGCCGACCUUGAAUACGCCAUGAUGGUGUCGAUGGGAGCGGUCAGCCAGGGGACGCCAGUGGUCACCAUCGUCCACGACUGCCAGGUUGUCGACAUACCUGAAACACUCCUUGAGGAUCACGACCUCACCGUGGACUAUAUUCUCACUCCGACUCGAGCCAUCACCACGGGGUGUGAGCGCCCCAAGCCAACAGGAAUCGUGUGGCCCAAGAUCAGCUGUGAGAUGAUGGGGAAAAUGCCAGUCCUCAGAAGCCUGCACUGCCGAGAGGAGCAGGCCGGGAAGGACGUCACCCUUCGGGACAAACACCGGAGCCUGCCGGGUGCCCGGGCCGCCCUGAGCACCGUCAGAAGCCCGCGGGAGCUGCCCUCGCUGGAAUCGGGCUCCUUGCAGGGGGACGAUGUGCCUUCCAGCACUGUUUACGUUGGGAACCUCCCCCGGGACGCCCGGGUGAGUGAGCUGAAGCGAGCCCUCAGCGCACGGGGCGCGGCGCCCUCACGGCUCACUUGGCAGGGGCCGCAGCGCAGGGCCUUCCUCCACUACCGGGACCCGGCCAAGGCCUGGCAGGCCAUCUCCCGCUUGCAGGGCUUCUGUCUGGGCACCAACACAGCGAGGGUGGCGCUGGCCAGGCAUCAGGGGGCCAGUGGCCCGGCGGGCGGCCGCGCUGGAGAGCCGCACCCUGACCCGUGACAACAUCCCGCUCCAGCCCCCGGCGAGCUUCAGAGCCCGGCACAGCGGGAUGUGGUGGAGCUUUGCUGCACGAGCUGCUUUGAGUUCAGUCCUCUCCAGGCAGUCAGA